AUGAUCCCCGACGGCGAUGGCGGUGGCGACGACGACGGCGAUGACGAUGACGACCACGGAGGCAGCAGUGUCGACAGUGCCAAGGUUGGAGCUGUCAAAGUGGAAGCUACUAAGGUGGAUCGUCAGUUCAGCCUGAAGCUGAAGAACUUCAUCAUCUUCGCCCAGUUCAUCACCAUUGCUGUGCUGUGGCGUUGGGACGUCGUUACGCCGGGAUUCUUUGGCCCGGAGACAUACGUCGUGCUCGCAAACGCCAUAUACUUCAAAGGCAAAUGGGUGCACCCGUUCAACAAGAGGAAGACCAUGAAAAGGCCGUUCCAAAGGCUCAAUGAAACCACCGUCGAUAAGCACUUCAUGUGCAACUCCACCCGUCACUUCAUCGGCGUGUACGACGGGUUCAAGGUCCUCAGGCUGCCGUACAAGAUGCCACGAUACCAUGUGCCGGCCAACGCAGAAACACCCACGCCUCAGUGCUCGAUGUGCAUCUUCCUUCCGGAUGCGUACGAUGGCCUCCAAGGCCUCGUUGAGGAGAUAACCUCCUGCCCGACCUUCCUGCACGAGCACUUGCCGACGAGACAGGUCAGGGUCGGCGAAUUCGGGGUUCCCAAGUUCAAGCUUUCUUCCCAGAUCGAUGUCACCCAAACUCUCAAACACCUGGGGCUCCUGUUGCCAUUCGACAUGGGUGCUGACCUGUUGGACAUGGUGGAAGACCACGGCUCCGGCUUGCCUCUGCUCGUGAAUGACAUUUUCCAUAAGGCUACCAUUGAGGUAAACGAGCAAGGGACCGAAGCUGCUGCUGCCACCAGGAACCGCGGGCUUCUUGGAUGUCCGAUGCUGCUGCCGAAGGUCGACUUCCUCGCCGACCAUCCUUUCGCUUAUUUCAUAGUCGAAGAGGCUUCAGGUGCAAUCAUCUCCGCAGGGCAUGUCGUGGACCCUAGCAGUGGCAGAGAAAGCCAGGUGCGGAUUGGACAACCCUAUAGGAUGAAAAUUAGUGAGCCGUGA